GUUUUUCCUUGAAGUGUGUGUCGUGAAGGCGAGAGAAACCAAAAAUGCGUGAAAUUGUACAUCUUCAAGCUGGCCAAUGUGGCAACCAAAUCGGUGCAAAGUUCUGGGAGGUCAUCUCGGACGAGCACGGCAUCGAUCCAACAGGAACCUACCAUGGAGAUUCUGACCUCCAGUUGGAAAGGAUCAACGUUUAUUACAACGAAGCUACAGGAGGGAAAUAUGUGCCCAGAGCGGUUCUUGUCGAUUUGGAGCCUGGUACAAUGGAUUCAGUCCGUUCUGGUCCAUUCGGACAGAUUUUCCGACCCGACAAUUUUGUUUUCGGUCAAAGCGGAGCUGGAAACAACUGGGCAAAGGGCCAUUAUACCGAAGGAGCCGAGUUGGUAGACUCUGUACUCGAUGUUGUUCGUAAGGAAGCCGAGAGUUGUGACUGCCUUCAAGGCUUUCAGCUCACACACUCACUGGGCGGUGGCACCGGCUCAGGCAUGGGAACCCUUCUUAUUUCGAAGAUCAGAGAAGAAUAUCCUGACAGAAUCAUGAACACAUUCAGCGUCGUACCAUCGCCAAAAGUAUCAGACACCGUUGUGGAGCCUUACAAUGCUACGUUGUCAGUUCACCAAUUGGUAGAGAAUACGGAUGAAACCUACUGCAUCGACAAUGAGGCCCUGUACGAUAUCUGCUUCAGAACUCUGAAGCUCACCACACCAACGUACGGAGAUUUGAACCAUCUUGUGUCAGCUACGAUGAGCGGCGUCACAACCUGCUUGCGAUUUCCUGGCCAGCUGAAUGCCGAUCUUAGGAAAUUAGCAGUGAACAUGGUUCCUUUCCCGCGUCUUCACUUCUUCAUGCCUGGAUUUGCUCCUCUCACCAGCAGAGGAUCCCAGCAGUACCGUGCACUCACAGUACCAGAGCUUACCCAGCAGAUGUUUGAUGCUAAAAACAUGAUGGCUGCCUGUGAUCCAAGGCAUGGACGUUAUUUGACGGUUGCAGCGAUGUUCCGUGGCCGUAUGUCCAUGAAGGAAGUUGAUGAGCAGAUGUUGAACGUGCAGAACAAGAACAGCUCCUACUUCGUGGAAUGGAUUCCCAACAAUGUCAAAACAGCCGUCUGCGACAUUCCUCCUCGCGGUCUGAAAAUGUCUGCUACCUUUGUCGGUAACAGCACAGCCAUUCAAGAAUUAUUCAAACGCAUUAGUGAGCAGUUUACCGCUAUGUUCAGGCGUAAAGCUUUCUUGCAUUGGUACACUGGAGAGGGUAUGGAUGAGAUGGAGUUCACUGAGGCUGAAUCGAACAUGAAUGAUCUUGUGUCGGAGUAUCAGCAGUACCAGGAUGCCACAGCAGAAGAGGAAGGGGAGUUUGAUGAGGAAGAAGAAGAGGGAGAGGCAGCAUAAGAACUCCUCUUAUUUCUUGAGAUCGUUUCCACUGUAAAGGAUAUUACUUAAAGGGCUGUUAUUAAAGUUUGAUGUAUUUUUGAA